CCCCCCUACCCCAGUCCUCUUUCUAAAUACACACUCACCAAAGCUCUAAACCUUUGCAUUUCCGCUAGAGAAACGAGACUCAUUUUCUGCAAAUGGGAGAGGAAGAGAAGAAACCGGAGGAGCCCAAGCCCGCCCCCGAGGAGAAGAAGGAGGACCCGCCCAAGCCGGCCGAGGAUGCCCCCAAGGACGACAAGAAGGUGGAGGAGCAGCCGCCGCCCCCUCCGCAGGAAAUCGUCCUCAAAGUUUACAUGCAUUGUGAGGGCUGCGCUCGGAAAGUCCGCCGCUGCCUCAAAGGAUUCGAUGGAGUGGAGGAUGUGAUGACGGAUUGUAGGACGAGUAAAGUGGUGGUGAAGGGAGAGAAAGCAGAUCCGGUCAAGGUUUUGGAGAGGGUUCAGCGGAAGAGCCACCGCCAAGUGGAGCUCAUCUCGCCGAUUCCGCCGCCUCCCGCGCCCGUGGAAGCCAAGAAGCCUGAGGAGAAAGAGCCGCCCAAGCCUGAAGAACCCAAGAAAGAGGAGCUGCCUGUGAUUACAGUGGUGUUGGGAGUGUACAUGCAUUGUGAGGCCUGUGCUCAAGAGCUCAAAAAGAGAAUCCAAAGAAUGAAAGGAGUGGAGAGCGUAGAGCCAGACCUGAAGAGCUCACAAGUGACAGUGAAAGGAGUGUUGGAUGCGGAGAAGCUGACGGAUUACGUGCACAAGAGAACGGGGAAGCACGCCACUGUCGUCAAAGUGGAGCCGGAGGCGAAGAAAGAGGAGGAGAAGAAGAAGGAAGAGAAGAAACCAGAGGAAGCGGAGAAGGAAGCCAAGAAAGAAGAAGAAGCAAAAGACAAGAAGGAAGAAGGCGGCGGAGAAGCGGCAGCAAAGACGGAGACAGCUCCGGCGGCGGAGGAGGAAGAGACGAAGGUGGUGGAACUGAAGAAGAACGAGAUGCAGUACUAUUACAACCCGAACUACUACUACUACCAACCGCAGGCGCCGCCGCCGCAGCAGGUGUAUCCGCAGAGAUUUAUGCAGGAGUACCAGCUUGAAUAUCCACCGCCGCAGAUGUUUAGCGAUGAGAAUCCGAAUGCAUGUAGUGUGAUGUGAGGGAGGGACAGGGGUAUAAUCGGGAAUUCAACUUAUAGUGCUGACCACAUGGGUAUACUGUCCCAUCUUAAUAUGUUCUUGUGCUCUCUCUCUCUUCAUGUGGCCCUGUCUGCCCUCUAAAUCUACAUAAACAUAAACAUACCCCUCUCUACAAUUCUUACUUUUCACCUUUUAUUUAAUCUUUGUUACAUACCCAUCAAUCAAUAAUAAUACUACUUAAACAGUUAAA